AUGGUUCUCAAGACCUCCGGGAGCAGGGAAGGCCGGGUCACGGUCUCGCCCAAGUCCGCGCAGGCCGACCCGGGCUCAAGCCCUGGGCGCCUCUUCCAGCCGGGUCACCCUUAUUUCCCGCCCCCGGCCGGCCACGGGGACCAGGCGGCGCGCUACCCCCUGGGGCUGGGCUCUCGCGCGCGGGGCCCCUGGAGGCCUCGUCCUUGGCCGGCCCGGCCUGCGCUGCUCCCGCCUACCUGGUUCUCGAGCCCGACGCCCCCAGCCUCGGGGCAGCGCCCGGACGCCGAGAGGGACGCAGACCACCGCCCCCUACCCCGGGGACUCCCCUCCGCGGCCGGCCCUUCCCAGCUGGGGAGAGACCACUUACCCGCCCGCAGCCUCCGCGUCUGUUCCGCACCACGUGCCCUGGCCACGCCCCCGGCGCGGGUCCGCCCCGCCCACCCGCGCGUCCCCGGCCGGGACCGGAGAGCUGCGUCGCCCGGCGCGGCCCCGCCCCCACGGCGCGGGCGGGGUGGGGCUGAGAGGUUAGGGGGUGUGGCGCGCGCCCCAGCGCGCCCCAGGGCCCGAGACUCCGUGGAGGCGAGGGUAUUGGGGCUGCGGCGGCGGGCGCUGGCCUCACCCGUGCUUCACGCUCGGUCCCGCGUGGCCCAGGCCCGGUGCUUCCACGUGGCGUUAAAAGCUGGCCAGGUGGCCCAGUGUGUGGUCAGAGCUGAGAACUACCAACCAGGCCCAGCCUUCCCUGGCACCUCCAGUGUCCUGAGGCUGGAGCCUGUGCUCCGCGCCGGGCACAGUGUCCUGGCUAGCCGCACCCCAGCUGGAGGGCCAGCGCUGCCGCCUGCCCCUGCGCCUGACGCUGCCUGUUCCUUCCAGUGCCGGGGCUACCGCGGCGGCGAGCUGGAGGGGGACCUGUGCGAGGACCUGUGCGUGGCGGGGAAGCUGCUGUACCGGCGCUGUCUGUACUACGAGCGGGGCAAGAAGGUGCUGCAAGCCGACUGGCGCGGCCGGCCCGUCAUCCUCAAGUCCAAGGAGGAGGCCUUCUCCAGCUUCCAGCCGCUCGGCUUGCUUGAGGACGGCCUGGAGGAGGCGGGCCAGGACCUCUCGGAGGCAGACCUCCUGCUGCUGGUGGCCGGCGAGGUCAAGAGCACGCUGGGCCUGGAGCUGUCCAGCCGCAGCCUGGGGCCGCUGGGGCUGGGGCGGCGGGGCCCCGGCCGGCGCGGGCGGCUGGCCAGCCUGUGGGCGCUGCUGCGGCAGGAGGAGUUCGCGCUCCUCAGCGUGCUGCAGGGCCUCAGCCCGCACGCCCCGCCCGUGCUGGGCUCCUGCGGCCACUUCUACGCCGUGGAGCUCCUGGCGGCCGGCAGCCCGCGGCUCGGGGCCCUCUUCCCCAUUGGCCGGGCCGCCGGCGCCCCCCGGGGCCAGGCCAGGGCCGUCAGCGGCAUGGCGCUCAGCUUCCUGGACAUGGUGCGCCACUUCGACCACGACUUCUCCCACCGCCUGCACCUCUGUGACGUCAAGCCCGAGAACUUCGCCAUCAGGAGCGACCUCACGGUGGUGGCUAUUGAUGUGGACAUGGCCUUUUUUGAACCUAAAAUGAGGGAAAUUCUUGAGCAGAACUGCACAGGCGACGAAGACUGCAAUUUCUUUGACUGUUUUUCCAAGUGUGAUUUGCGAGUCAACAAGUGUGGAGCACAACGAGUCAACAGCAACCUGCAGGUCAUCUGUGACAAAAUUUUCCGACAUUGGUUUUCCUCAACUCUCAAGAGCUCUGCCAUUUCCUUCCAGCUGCAGCUGCAGCUCCAAGAGGCAGCAGAGGAAUGUGCGCACCCAGGAGGCCCUGCUGGGAGCUCCCCGGGACCAGCCCCUGCUGUGUUCUGGAAGCUUCAGCACCUCCUCCAAGCCUCGCUGAGGGAACUGCAGGAGGCGGAGAAGUAGUCACACCUGGCCUUCAAGAUGCUCGCUGGGAGGUGACCUUCAGCUGAGACCCUUGCGCGUUGUAAAGAGACAUUUUUACUAUGCAAACGAGCUGUCUCGAAGACACCACUGCGGCCUGAAGCGUGACAUCGCUUCAACUGUCUCAGGGCACGUUAGCUGCCCUCCUCCAGCUCCUCUCCAGGCCCCACUCGCUUGACCACAGCGAAGGCCCGUCUCUCCUUUGACACCUGUGACCGUGUGUACGUGUAUGUGAGCGUGCAUGUGUGUGUGUGAGCAUGCAUGUUGUACAGGUGUGUGAGUUGCAGGUGUGGGGUGUGUGCACACACCUACGUGAGCAAGUGAGCGUGCCAUGUGUGUGUGCUGGGCUCCCUAGCAUGUACUCUGGGACAGCUCGCCCAGCUAGCCGAGGAGAGCGAGUUAAAGACAAUGGAGAGAGAGCUGCAACUUCGGGAAAUGUAAUUUGGCUGGAGAGUGUGUGAAGGGCAGCUUCUCACGGUUCCCGUUUUGAAGUGUCCGUGAGUCAGGGGGCACUUACCACUGCAGGGAGCCCUCAGCGCCCGACACAGGUUCGCCCAGUUCCAGGGGGUCCGGCCCCUCGGGACCUGGAAGGAGAGCGGGUCCCGCGUGACCACUGACUACAGUAUGGGCAGGAGGGAGGCCAGCACCCGUGUGCCUGUUGAAUGCAGAGCAGCCCUGGCACCGCCUCACACUCUGUGGACUCGCUUUCAGUGGAGCUCCUGGUGGAGCGCUGGUGUGGGAGGCUCAGGCCGGAGGAGAUGCAUUCUGGUCACUCACGGGAGGGACAGGCAGCGAAACCCCAGGUCCCCAGGCACAGCCUGGAGAGACCUCGUCCAGGAGACAGGCAGUGCUCGGCAAACCCUCAGCUGGUCACCUUACUGGUGGGCUGAGGAGGACACUGAGAGAGAAUAAGGAAAAUCUGUUGGCAGUUUACAACUCGAAAAGACAAAUUAAUCUGGAGUUAAAAAAAAAAAUCACAAAUUGACAAAUUCCAAGGUCUUUCUCGUUUCCUUGCUCAAACCCCUUCUGAUCAGACCAAGGGGAAUCGCCUGCUGAUGCUCGUUAGGAUGCACUGCUCCAGCCGGGCCGCCGGGUCAGCGCCAGGCCCACCGAGGAAUCACGCGGGAGGGAGAAGAUAACCUAAGGCCCAGGGCUUCUGAAUUCUGCGGCUCCCACACACGUUUGUUCGGAGGGGCAUGGCUAUGUGCUAUUCCCAACCCCUCAUCCCACACCUCUGGCAUUUUUCCAAGUGACUGAAAUCCCUCGGGGUCUUCUCUCUCAUGCUUAUGAGUCACUCUGCAUUUGCAUUCUUUGGCAGGAAGAAAGCACCCAUGUCAGUCAUUCUGCAGCAGAGUUAAUUAAAACCACAGAUUGAUGCGGGCCUUGGACUAGUAGAUUCUGAAAGAAGAGAAUUGGCUUCCGUGUACUGAGUGGAGGCUCCUGUUUCUCCAGAGCUGUGUGCCCUAUGAGCUUGUUUUCUGCGGUUGUGGAAGGCUUCCCAAACACAGGGACCAUCUUUAUGAGCAAAAGGUUUCCCUGAAGAUGGGUGUGAGAUAGAAGCAGAGGCAGGGAGCAACCGAGGUUUUGUGGUCUGUGCCCUUAGAACUGUUGGCUUUUGCAUCAUGAGGGCAAAUGGGUCUCCUGUGGGCUGACCCAGGGAUUACAAAGCCUCAUUAGCGCUGGCUCUGAGCUAACUUGCCUGGCAGCAGAGCUGGCUGGCAGAAGAAAAGCUCAUUUUCAUUUCCACCAAAAUGGAAACAAAUGUUUUUGUUUAUUCUGGAGACUGUGCAAUAUGUAAUUACCCAAAACAAUAGUGCUUUUAUUAUUGCAAAGGAGCAGCUUUAUCCCUUCCCCACCCUUGUUUGACCACCCCAAACACACACCCCCGACACACACACACACACACACAUGCACACGCACACGCACACACACACACACACACACACACACACACACACACACACACCCCUUUCUCAUCCCGCCUGGAGAUUGCAUUUACUGCAGUGUCUCUUAAACUAUCUGUGGUGAAGUCCAGGUUUUGUUUUGUUUUUUUAUUUCAAACCCUUACAAAAUAAUACUUUAAAAUAAUACAAUAAACAAACACUGUUGUAUUGUUUGUUAAUGGGACAAGUGAGGUGUUUCUUGCUUAUCUGAUUGAGCACCCACCCUGCUUGGAGAUGAAUGCUUCUACCUAAAUGAUUUCUAUGUUUUGUUUUAAUAACUUGCAGAGUAGACAAAACACUGAGAGAUCUGUUGAUGGAAUCGACGAGGAGAUUAUAAAGAUCACCAAGCACAGGCUAGUCCUUCUAAAGUUUUAUCCACGUUAAAACAAAGAGUGCUUUAUUCACAUCCAGUCCCUCAGAAGUUAAUUUUCACAAUUUAUCUUAAUAAAUUUUAGUUAAAAAUAUCUUUUGAUGAAGCAAUUCCAGAUUUUAUGCCCCGCUGGGUUACAGCUGACAAACCUUAACUGCACAGAAGUUGGAAGCAUUCUGGCCAUGUGUCAUUGAGCACCUGGGCGGUGCCUGACUGGACGUCCCAGCAACAUCACACAGCUACGAACACUGCCAGACCCUCCUCUCAAUGUUCUUCUCCUCACAGGAAGUCAGCAGCAAGCAGUUCAUGUAUGUGCCACCACCGGGAAGGCCUCUUGGCUUGCCUCCCAUGGGUCCUGCCCCUUGCUCAGCACCUGCCUGCUCAGGAUGAAUGUCCAGGGUGUGAAAUUAUUGGAAGAGCAGCUAUUUUUAAAACUUGAUUUAGAGGCUGUUUUUUAGUAGCUGGGAGUGGAGGACUUUGGCUGGAAAUUCCAAAACCAGUGGCCAUAUGAAGUUUAUUUACUGUGCUUGCACCCGACAGUUGGUAAAAAAAUGUCACCCUGGCUCAUAACCAAUGUAAUCUGUCCCACCUUUUGGAUGGUGAGACCUGUAUUGAAGCCUUUGGUACCUGACAUUGGCCUCACCCAUGCAUUUUCCAGUGGAGUAUGUUUAUGAUGUCAUAUGACUGCCGAGGCGAAGUUCAUGAGAAAUCCUACAGAAAAAUGUCAAGAGCAGAGUGGGUGCUGCCAGCCUACUCUGAGGUUCUUGGGGGGGCAACAGAUGUCAGGAGUCUGGGGGUUUCCUUCCUGUCUUUAGGAGAUGCCUCCGAACUUCAGAAACAUGCCCACCCUUCUCUGCCUCUUCCUUGGGGCACAUGGUGUUCAGCCCCCUUUCUUCUCUUGAAGAGCUGCCAGUCCCCAUGGACUAGCGGUUCCCCUGGACUAGUGGUUCCCCUGGACUAGUGGUUCAAGGCUUGGCCUCUGAGAUCAGACAGUCUGAAGCUCUAUCACAGUGACACUAUUGAUCACUGAUCAGCUUUGUGACAUUAGGCGAGUCACUUCACUUCUCUGGGCCUUAGCUUCCCCGUCUGUAAGCAUAUUGGUGGCUGUAAUUCCUUGUCUGGAUAAGGACAUUUGUGAGGACUAAUGGGACAGUGCAUGGUGUGUGGACUCACCUCGAGAGCUCUAUAGCUUCUUAUUUAUCAGUGAUGCCAAGGCUGGCCUCCAUGGAGGAUGGGAUCCCUCCUGCUUCCCUUGCCCACCUUUCUCCCGGGCCCCUAAAGGCUCCUUCUCACCUUUGUCCAAGGUUCUGAUGCUGUGUCCCCAGUCCCCAGUCGCCAGCUCCUGAGGUCAUGUCACACAGGCCAGUCCUAAUCCUGCUCCUCAGCCGAGGGGGUCACAUUCUGCCUCGUAUCCAGGGGAACCGCCACAACGCAGGUCUGGAAGCCGGUAGAGAGCCUCUGCUAUGGACGGCAUAUUUGCAGAAACCUAAAGCCCAUGUGAUGGGAGUAGGAAGUGGGGCCUUGGGGAGGUCAUGAGGUUAUGAGGGUGGGGCCCAAACCUUGGGAUCUGGGCCCCCAAGAGUCACGAGAGAGGUAGGACGAUGAGGGACCGUGGCAGCUGGAGAAGGAGCCAGCGGGAGCCUGGGGGCCAGCGGGAGCCUGGGGGCCAGCGGGCUGAUGCCCUUCAGCGGCAUCGCUGAUCUGACUGUGACAGAGACCCUCUGACCCGAGGGAGGACAGGCCAGAGGAGACGCAGGUCCAGGGGGCCUCUGACAGUCUGCUGGUGUCUGGCAGGUGGAGAAGGGGGCGCGUACUUGAGUCACAUUGAAGGGGACACCAGCAGUGUGGCGGCAGGUUUGCUCUGGGUCGGGGGCAGUAUUUGGGGACCCUGAAGACAGCUGGGUGAGGUGCUGGGCCUCACAGUGAGAGAGACGCAGGAGGAGAGGGGCAACCGGCAGGGGCUGCAAAGGCCAGCAGCACCUCCUGAGCCGGAAGGGCUGUGCACACCCAGGUGGAGGGGAUCCAAACAGUGCAAAAGGCAGAGAGGCACAGGGAGAGCCUUCUGUCACCCGGGAAGGGGGAGGUCAGGGCUUAGGGUGAACUAAACAUCUUCUUCCCGGUUAGUAGGAAGUCCUUUAGGACAGAAGCUUGUAUUGAGAACUCAGCACCACGAUGAGAGGCUGUGCCGCCUGACCGGUAUUUCAGGCAGUGAGAGAAAGUACUAGAAAGACUUUCAACAUCCAGGCCAGGAUUGCCUGUCAGUGCAGUGGACAGGGCAGGCCAAGUCUGUUUCAUGUACGUGCAUGUGCACACAAGCACACACGCAUGUGCACAGACACACAUGCACAGACAGGCACAUGCACACAGGUGGAAGGUGGAGGGAAGCUUCCCUGAGAAUAGAAAGAGAGAAAGGGACAAAGGACUUACAUUAUUGCCUAUGAUGAAUUGCACUAGACGUUAAUGCCAUGGAAACAUCGUAAGAAUUGAGAAAUUAGGGAGCAAGUGUUUCAAUCUGUCCUUAUAGGUGACAAGAGCAAAAGCCCAUGAGGUGAAGGAAUGAUAGCUGGAAACAGACGGGCAGGGUGACAGUCAGGGUGGACUGCAAAGGGUUGUCCCUGCCAUUCACCCUAUUCAUGACUCAGUCACACUGACACUUGGGUGAAUUGCUGGGUCACUACUUAAUUUGUACCUAUGCGUGUAUUCCGUUUUAAACACGUGUAAUUAAUAACUUAGUCAAAGAGGAAACCAAAAAGAAAAAACCUGUCUUUCUAGCUGUCAAGUUGCUUUUCUCCCGAAGCCAAGUGCUGGUGACCCUGAACGAGGGGUGGGGCCCUAGACAGGACGGGAGGAAGACAAGGGCCUCCGUCUGUCCAGCCUGUCCCUACUGGCCCCCGGUGACGUGCACAGGAACUGACUGAGGCGCCCAGCCUGCGGGCGUGCAGGCUGGGGACUCUGCUGCCCUCAGGGCUGCU